UACAGUUCCAAUUUACACACCCACCAAACAUUUAUUGACGUGCCAUGCAAUCAUCAGCAUUCACCCACAUCGCCACCGCCCAACUUGCAUGGGCACCACGUGGUGGCGGCGCCGCCGCUACCCGGAGGGUGCCACCUUCCUCCGCCGUGGCUGCACCUCUCCGCCACCGCCAGAUCACCCACUCAAUGCCGCCGGAGAAGGUUGAAGUAUUCAAGUCACUCGAGUCAUGGGCGUCCAAGAGUGUGCUUCCUCUCCUCAAGCCCGUAGACAAAUGCUGGCAGCCCACCGAGUUCCUUCCUGACCCGACCCGACCCAUUAGUGACUUCAUGGAUGAAGUUCGGGUCCUGCGGGAUCGGGCCUCUGAGCUUCCCGACGAGUACUUCGUGGUGUUGGUGGGGGAUAUGAUUACCGAGGAUGCAUUGCCAACUUACCAGACUAUGAUUAAUACUCUUGAUGGUGUCCGGGAUGAGACUGGAGCAAGCCCGAACCCGUGGGCUUCUUGGACUCGAGGCUGGACUGCGGAGGAGAACAGACAUGGAGAUCUGCUUAGGACUUAUCUGUAUCUUUCGGGCCGGGUUGACAUGUUGAUGAUUGAGAGGACAGUGCAAUACCUCAUUGGGGCUGGAAUGGACCCGGGGACAGAAAACAAUCCUUAUUUGGGCUUCGUGUACACUUCAUUCCAAGAACGAGCCACAGCCGUAUCCCACGGGAAUACGGCUCGGCUAGCCAAAGAAGGCGGGGAUCCUGUGCUUGCACAAAUAUGCGGUACCAUUGCGGCCGACGAGAAGCGCCACGAAAAUGCGUACGCGAGAAUUGUAGAGAAACUACUUGAAGUGGACCCUAAUGGAGCAAUGAUAGCCGUAGGCGACAUGAUGAGGAAGAAAAUCACGAUGCCGGCUCACCUGAUGUACGACGGUCAGGACCCACAUCUCUUCGAACAUUUCUCAGCCGUGGCCCAGCGGAUGGGGGUUUACACGGCUGAUGAUUACGCGGACAUUCUGGAGUUCCUGAUCGGAAGGUGGAGGCUGGAGAAGCUGGACGGACUAAAAGGCGAUGGGAGACAAGCGCAGGAGUUCGUGUGUGGACUGCCGCAGAGGAUCCGGAAACUGCAGGAGCGAGCCGAUGAACGAGCCAAGAAGAUGAAGCCAAAGGGACAGAGAUUCAGCUGGAUCUUUAACAGGGAAGUAGUUGUGUAGAGUGAAGAGCAGAGACCAUAUGGUGGGUCCGUCCAGUUUUCUGAGUGUGAAUGUAUGUAUUUUAACAAGUGCUUCAAACUGUUCAAUUUUUGUUUUUUCUUUAACAUUUUUAUAUGGGAAGUGUAAUGUUAAUGUUAUGUAAUGUA